AUGCUAGGCAAAACAUCCUCCACCAUCCUCCGCCUGCUCCAAUUCCUCUUCGCCGCCUGCGUCCUCGGGCUCUCCAUCAACGCCGUCCGCUGGCAAUACUACCACCGCGCGCCCGCGACCAACGGCUACGCCGCGUUCGUCGGCGCCUACGGCUGCCUGACGGCGCUGCUGGGCUUGCAUGCGCUGCACUCGACUUCCAUUGCGGGAUAUCUUGUCAUUGGGUGGGAUUUGAUGGCUGCGCUUUUCUUCUUCGUGGAUGGGGUGGCGAUGGCCAUUGGUCUUCAUGGAGCCGACUGCAGCGACGGAAACGUGUACUCCACCUGGGGCAAUUCGCUCAUUAGCGGCGGGUGCGUGCUGCGGCAGCAGCUGGACCGUUAUCAAUGCGGCUUCUUUGCCAUUUCGGACGUCGAGCAUCGCUGUCGAUUGGCCAGGGCGGAUAUGGUGUUGCUGUGGUUGGGGUGGGUGGCGAGUUUGGUGGCGGCGGGGUUCAGCAUGCAUCGGGCGAGGAAGGAUAAGAAGGAUGCCGCUGCGGUCGUGGCGGCGGCGUAG